AACAAGGACAGGGCGAUGUUGCCUCCACCAGCGGCAACGGAGACGCCAAAAUUUCGACUCCUGGGGUGCGAUGUGAGGGAAAUUCUGGAGUCACACUUGGUCAAGACAGACGACUCCUCGAUUGACAUAUUGACGUUAAAAAUGAGCGGCAUUCAUCAGCUUUUAUUAAUUUUGGUGGUGGGUGGAGUGAGUUGUUCUCCGGACGACUGCACGGUCAGUCAAGAAUGGCGGGACGCUAAAGAAGAAUGUCAAAAGGAGAUGGAUAUGGACGAUGAAUGCUUUUGGCGGUGCACGCAUGACGAAAUCCACGUGUUGAAUGACGCUGGAGAACUUUCGGAGGAUAUAAUCCGCAACGUUUUCCGAAAAUUGGUUGACGGAGCGCCAUUGCAGGAAGCUUUAGACAAAGCAGCCUCUCGUUGCUUCUCAGAAAUUGGUGAUGAGGUGAAAGGAUGCGACCAAUCGGCGAUGUUUCACAAGUGCCUUUGGAAGGACCAGGACUAUGUGCAAGCAGCUAAGGAUGCAAACCACUGUAUCGAGAUCGUUUAAUUAUGACAAAUGAUUUAUCGUAGAUCCGCGAAAUGCUUGAUACGUUAAUCGCGGCAUCAGUUUUUACGAACAUAAAAUUCUUCAUAAACGGAAAA